CACUCCUCCCCCCACUCCUGGAGAUCGACCAUCAAACAGCUAAACGACUUUCUUGAAUAUAGAAAGGAAUCUCACGAAGAAAGAAUCUCAAAGAUAAAGAACAGAACAAGACAAAAAACAAAACACAAAAUGCUUCCAAACGCUUUCAUAACCCUUCUCACCACUCCUUCUUACCUUCCUGGUGCUUUAGUGAUACUUCAUUCUCUCCGAGAACUUCACCCUGAUCCGAGACAAUUCAAAAUCGUUUGUCUGGUGACGCCCGAAACUGUUGAUGCGAAGGUUAUAGGUCAAUUGAGAGAAGCGGGAUUCGAUCUGAUCAUUGGUGUUGAACCUAUUGCUAGUGGUGAACAAGGACAAGAUGGGUUAAAUCUUAUGGGUCGCCCAGAUCUCAAUCUCGCUCUCACCAAACUCCAUUUAUUCCGUCUCGCCCCUCUCUUCUCCACUAUCAUCUACCUCGAUGCCGACGUUCUACCCAUACGUCCCCUGGAUCAUCUCUUCACAGCUACCGAACCCCAUGUCCUCUCUGCCUGUCCCGAUACAGGUUGGCCAGAUUGUUUCAACUCCGGAGUCAUGGUCAUUCGUCCUAGAGAAUCAGAUUUCCUCGGUAUGCAAAACCUUCUUAAAGGUGGUGAAGGAAGUGAUGGAGUGUUUAGAGCGGGAAAUGGGAGUUUUGAUGGUGCGGAUCAAGGUGUUUUGAAUGAAUGGUUCUCUGAAGAAGGAGGUGGAGGAGAGUGGCACAGACUCCCAUUCACAUACAAUGUCACACCUAGCGCCGCAUAUCAAUAUGCUCCAGCGUACAAGAGGUAUGGCCACAAGAUUAACGCUGUUCAUUUCAUCGGUCCUCACAAACCAUGGUCAAAUCUCUCUUCACGUCCGGCUCGUUUUUCCACAACUCAAAACAAACCACCAGCAUUUGAUUAUCCAUCUCUUAUAGACCGAUGGUACGGCGUUUACGACCGCAACAUUCGACCCGCUCAAGCACAUCAACCCGACAUAGUCAAACGUUUCGCAGUUCCAGAGAAUGUAGCCGUGUGGAAUCAACCCACUCUAUCCGGUACACCUCAUCAACCGGAUGACCGAAUGGAUUUAGAAGAACUUAAAGCUGCUGCAGAGCGAGGUGUCAACGCAUUCUCCUCUGGGCAAUAUACUAGCUUACCACUCGAAGGUCGAGUCAAUCUCAUGAUGCCUAAACCUCAAUCUGCACUGAUCCCGCCUCCGCCGCCACCUCAACCUCCCAGCCCGACCAUCAGUGCAACCCCUCACACCGUCUCAGUGCCGUUACCGCAGACCAUCCAACAACAAACACAACAGCCAGCUACUUGGGAUGCCACUCAUCACGCACCACCUAGUCACGGUCGUCCCGAAAUGGAGAUACAUAUGAACACGCAUUACGAACCCGCCUGGGAACAGCCCGCUAGUGUGCAAUCAUCGUAUUUCCAACAACCGCCUGUGUAUCAGCCAGAACCUCACUAUCCCUCUAUACCUCCAAACGUUCGAAACGACCAGUGGUAUCGCGAGUUUACCGGUACAGUCCCUAGUCGAUCCUUGAUCCUCCCGGUGUUUCCGUGGGAAGAACCUGGUCAUCAUCAUCAUCGAGCCGAGCGUGUCUUUCCACCUGGUAACACACCACCACCAGAAUCACCCCAUUUGAUCAAACCUUUCAUUGCUGUCCAGGAACCCACUCCACCUGUGCAAUCUCCCUCUCGAUCACCCGAACAUGUACCUGCACCCGCUCCUGCUCCCCCACCUCGUUCCAUGGAAGAGGCCAUGGCGUCGUACAUCAACGCGUGGGAUGUGGAUCCAAAGAUACAACGUUAUGUCGAUCGUAUAUCUGGUUCUCGACGUGGGACUUCCACGCCAUCGGCUCUUCAAUCCGUCCCUGGUACCCCUCGGUAUGUGCCAGUGAGCUACGACUUUGAUCAUCAACAAGGCAUGGACUCGGACGGCAGCGAAGAUGGGGAUGACGAAGGUGGUGACGACGAGUCCUCAGAGUCACUAAACAGUAGUCGUGCGACGUCAAGAGAGCGACCUAUUGGUGACAAUCCUAUCAGUUCUUCAAACUCUCGAAAGAGGUAUCGCGAUCGAUAUGCUCAGACGGAUAAUCCUCAAUUGGCUGAUGCCAAGGUUCAAGUCGUACCUGGUGGCGGACCGUCUCCUGCUGUUCGCACCAUCGAUUUACCACCUACUCAUCCUCAACCCCGGAAUGUACCAAUCAAACCUACAAGCAACGCUCAUAUUCAAUCUCCGUCAGAACCGACUGAAAUACCAUCUCGUAAAACAUCCUCAUCAUCUGAUACCGCUCGACCCGAAACGGCAUUGGUCACACCGACCUCGGAUGCCGUGGCUCUCGGUGGCUCAACACCAGUCCCCUUUCCCGUGUCCCACGAGGCGCCAAAAGUCCGACCGAGGAUCGCAGUUCAUCGUCAAACUCCAUCGACAGCGAGCAUCGCUUCGGAGCAUCUUACAGAUUCAGGUGUACCGAAGAACCCGCAGAGCGUAGCGAGGGUUUGGGACCCAAGUACGGAUCCAGAGGUUAUGAAGAGAGAAACGCAGGAGAUGUUGGACAGGUUUAUGCGAUUAGGAAGUUUCACCAAAACUGCCGUGAUCCCAAAGUGAUAUCACCUGACCUCGGUUGUUGGAUAGGGGUGGUAAUUGUCCGAUUGGUUGGAGAACAAUGGGGGGUUUUAGUAGAAGCGAAUCAUGAUCUUGUGA